UCUUGGCUUGAGUGGGACCUCGCAACAUCGGUGCUGGAGUCUGGACCUGUUGUCCCCCCGAGAGCUCACCCCGCCAGAGCUGCUCGCGUGCUACCGUAAUCAUGAAUGCACGGUUAAUGCUAGCGGCGGCAGCGGUCUUCGUAGCCAGGGGCACGCCACUCCCAGCCUACGAGUACUCGUGCAUUCAUUACUGCGAGUCCCUCUACGGCCCCGAAGUGAGGCCCUACUGCUGCAGGAUGGCUAAAGUGUUCCUGGAAGAGGAGAGAGAGGAAGGAGAGGAUUCGAGGAAUAGUGAAUAUCGCCCCAUUGUAGAAAAAACCCUGAGUGUCGACGAAUGCCCCCCAGUUCGGUCUUUCUGCCCACGGGCGGGACACUACGUGGUGCCGUUGGUGUGUAGCAACGACGGAGUUUGCACCUCGCCUGAUAAAUGCUGCUACGAUGCAUGUCUGGACACCAACAUCUGCAAAACCGCCGUCAAACGGUACCGAAGGUCGUUUCCGGACCAAAGCGACAGCGAUGACCUCGGGGCAGCCAAGGUCUCCAGUGUCAUCUUGACGGAGGGAGGAAACCCUGUUAGUGUCGUUGUUGAUGGCGGUGGCAAUCCCGUGACACUGGUGGAAGGAGAUGCUGUGACAAUCGUUGCGACAGUAAACAUUCAAAAUCUAACCUAUUUGUCAGAGUCGGAUAGCGUAACCUCAAAGAAAACGAAGAGAGCAAUUGUAGCUGAAAGUGAGAGAGUAUCUAGCAAUGUCAUAUUAUCACCUGUUGACGCCGUAAGCAUUAUAAAAAACAGGUAUGGCAAUGUUAUUGUAAACGAAGAUAAGCCACUGAUAUUGGUGCAGAGGGAAAGGGGUCCCACCAUAAUUCUAAAUGACAGUGGCUUGAAAGUGAUAGCUGGGCAUGACCCAAGUGAGGGUGAUGUCUUGGGAGUUGUCACCCCUACUACUGUUCCGUAUCUAGAAGUGCAUUCGCAUCAUCCACCGUCGAGCGACCCAGAGAAGGACCCCAUUAGGGUUCUGGUGAAGAGCGAUGGCAACCCGGUGACACUCGUGGACGGAGACGGCCCACUGCACGUCCAAAACGCUGAUGGAGUGUCCUUUGUGGCCGAUGUUCCAGAAGUCGCUGCUACAGAAACGCCUGGCGUGCAUGUUUUACCAGUGACAGUUACGGACCAUAAAAAUAGAAUAGACCAUCUCACAGUUGAUAGUGCUGGAAACCUUUCAAAGGUAAAAGACGGCAGCGGCGUCUUAACAGUAUCGAAAACUGCUGAAACCUCCUAUGAGGCUUCUGCGGAAGAAAAUUCCUUGUAUGUUCGACGACGAAGAUCGCUGUCGUCGGCGAAUGCUAUCGUUGAUGGAAACGACAUAACGGUGACAUUAGUCAAUGCCUCCCAUGUCGACUUAGAUAUAGUAGAUAUAUCAGGCAACAAAAUUGAUGUUGUGGCCGGUGAUCAUAUUUUAAAUAUCGGGGAAUCCUCACUGGCUACAGUAGAGUUUGUUGAAGGUAGACCUGCAGUCCGGGAUGAAAAUAACAGAAUUCUGCUGGAUGAAAUGGGUUCACCUCUAACUGUUAAGCCGGCAAGAAACACACAGCCAUUGCCAGCAGUCUACAGUAUUGCCGAUGGAAAGCAUAAGCCAGUUAAUUUAGUAGCGAGUGACGGUACACCUGUACAUGUUUGUGAUUCUAAUGGAAAUGAACUCGCACUUAAUGGAGGAGUCUCGGAUUUGGAGGUAUCUCAGGAAACGGUUUCCGUUAUGAAGAGCUCCUCAGGGGAAGAACUUCUCUUGCAGAAUGGCGAAGCCUUAGCAGAUGAAGAUGGAAUGCUGCUGAAGGCCACAUCCGUGAACACGCGACAGUACAGUGAGAUUUCCACAAAUGUCUUGGUGGAUGGAGAUGGCAACACCGUAAACUUGUUGAGCACAAAUGGCUCUCCAGUCACAGUUAUCGACGAUAGUGAUAAUGUAGUUUCCGUUAAACCUGGAAAUAAAAAUAUGAUAAUAGAGGAUUUCAAAGUUACCGUUCUACUUGAGAACGCGAUGAUGGUUCUAAAGAAAGCUUCAGGAGAACUAGUGGUCGAUGAAAAUGGUUCACCGGUCACCCUUGUACCUGAACAUACAUCUAGGCGGAGACCCUAUUUACCCAGUGAAGGCCACGGGAUCAUGGAUUCUCAUGACAAUACAGUGACUCUAACUGACGUCCACGGGAUUCCAGUAACACUGGAUGAUGGAAAGGGUAAUAGCGUGAAGACUGUGGCUGGAGAAAUCAUGAUGGUAACGGAGUCUGCAACAGCUUUCAUUGUUGAAACUGAUGAAGGAAAACGGCUUGCCGAUGAAAAUGGGAACAUCAUUGUCGAUAGUGAAGGAAAUGCUCUUCUGUUUGUCCCCACAAGAGAAAUUGUUUCAACACAAGUAACCAACGUUAUUGUAGAUGGAACCAACAACACUGUUCAGUUAUUGAGUGUGAAAGGUUCUCCUAUUACUGUUAUUAAUGGACAGGGUAACGACGUAGCCGUGAGAGAUGGAGAUGUUCAACUAGUGAAAAAUACCAACAGAGCCAUGAUAGUGGAUAUGGACGAUGGCAGCGAAGUGUUAGUGGAUACUUCCGGUAGCAUCCUGACAGACUUGAAUGGAAAAAAAUUGAGGUUAAUGACCGAAAGGAAGAAAGCACAGAAAGUUGCAGUAAAUGUCCUUGUCGAUGGCGAGGGCAACACGGUAACUCUCACAAACUUAGAAGGAACGCCUGUAACAUUGCUCGAUGACGAAGAGGUGGUGGUCACGAUGGCAGGCGAGGUCCGGCUUGCUGUGGAUGGCACUAACACUGCUAGAGUUCGACGAUCGUCGUCUGAAGUAAACGUUGUUGAUGAGGAAGAUUACCUGUUGGCUGACGACAAAGGUAAGCUUCUAACUAUGAAAAAGGUUGGCGAGCACAAGAAAACCUCCGUAGCUACAAACAUGCUAGUUGAUGUGGAAGGGAACUCGAUAGCCCCGAAAGACUUGAAUGACUCCCCUGCAACUGUUGUUGAUAAUUCUGCCAACAUCAUCGGCCUCGACUCGGGAGAGAAGACUCUUAAAGUCGAGACGACUGGCGUUUUCAUGGAGACGGCAGAUGAAGACUUGCGCUCCCUAGAGAGCGAUGGCGCCCACAAGCGGAAACUGCAGGUUGACGACGCCGGCAACCCAGUGCACAGCGAAGACGGCCCCGUCCAAACUGUCCCAAUAAACAACGUAGACUUGGCCCCAGAAGCUGAUAAUUUCCUUAUAGUGACGGAAGAAUUCGUCGAAGCGAGUUUCAGUCUUCAGCGCCUUGUUGCAGUUGUGAAGCGCGAGCAAUACCUUAUGCAACUUAAUCUUGUGCGGAAAUCGUCCACUAUAAAAUCUAGGAAUUACGAAAGCUUUGUUGGGGAGAUAAAUUUGUUUGUGGACGUGGUAGGCAAGCUUCAA